AUGCGGCUCAAAUUCUCUCUCAUGGCCAUAGGCCUGGAAGUUGCUAUGAUUGUUUUAUUUGGAUUAUUUGUUGAUUAUGAGACCUCUCAGAGUGUCUCCAACCAAGUCAACGCCACAGUGCCACCAAACGCGGACCAAUUCUCUCAGUUGUAUCCCUUAUUUCAAGAUGUGCAUGUCAUGAUAUUUGUUGGGUUUGGCUUCCUCAUGACCUUCCUGAAGAAAUACGGCUUCAGCGGUGUUGGUUUCAACCUCUUUCUUGCUGCGCUGGGGCUCCAGUGGGGUACAAUUAUGAAGGGACUCCUUCACAAUCACGGACAGAAAUUUCACUUCGGAAUCAAGGAUAUGAUAAACGCAGACUUUAGUACAGCCACAGUUCUAAUUUCUUUUGGUGCUGUCCUGGGAAAAACAAGCCCCAUCCAAAUGCUGAUCAUGACAAUUCUAGAAAUUGCUGUCUUUGCUGGCAACGAACAUCUGGUUACUGUUACAUUUGAGGCCUCUGACAUUGGGGCAUCAAUGACAAUCCAUGCCUUUGGAGCCUACUUUGGCUUAGCUGUAGCCGGUGUGUUAUAUCGGCGUAACCUCAGACGUGAACAUGAGAAUGAAGAAUCAGUGUACCACUCUGACUUGUUUGCCAUGAUUGGAACACUUUUCCUGUGGAUAUUUUGGCCCAGCUUUAAUUCAGCCAUUGCUACACCUGGCAAUCAUCAGUUUAGGGCCGUCUUCAACACAUACACGUCACUUGCUGCCUGCGUGAUCAUAGCCUAUGCUUUGUCCAGCCUUGUUGAACGCCGAGGCAGGCUGGAUAUGGUCCACAUUCAGAAUGCUACUCUGGCAGGAGGUGUCGCUGUGGGCACGUGUGCAGACAUGGAAAUCAACCUAUACGGUGCUAUGACCAUUGGCAGCAUUGCAGGGAUCGUCUCUGUGCUUGGAUACAAGUUCCUUAGUCCACUGCUCGCAAAUAAACUGAUGAUCCACGAUACAUGUGGAGUCCAUAACUUGCACGGCUUACCUGGCGUGCUUGGAGGCCUUGCCAGCAUCGUGGCCGUACACCAUGGAAGCUCCGGCAUGUCCACUGUGGCUAUGCAGGCAGCAGCCCUGGGCACUUCCAUAGGCUUAGCAAUUGUUGGAGGUUUGAUUACAGGUCUAAUUCUGUGCUUACCUAUCUGGGAUCAGCCACCUGAUGAAUAUUGCUUUGAUGAUUCUGUUUAUUGGAAGGUUCCCAAGGUCAGAGAACUUGAUGAUCACUUCUUUCAACAUGCGAAUCACAACCACGUGGAAGAGGAAGUCUAA